AUGUCAAAGGAAGAUGAUGAAUCAAUUGAAAUGUUAUAUUCAAAAUCAUGUCUUGAUUUAAAUAUGGAUGUGGAAACAAAGUUAGAUGCAUGGCGUUCAUAUGAACAUAUUCGUAAACAUCAUGUUUUAGAAGGUGAUCAAUUACAUUGUUGUUGUUUAAAUGAUUUAUGUUCAAAUGAUGGAAGUAUAAUCGAUAAAUUAUGUAUGACGUAUUGUUGUUCAUCGAAUAUGUGUCGAUCAAUAAUCGAACAACAUUUAAAAAAUGAUUUAUUUAAACGUCUUGAUAAAAAAAAAGAAAAUUUUUUAAAUGAAUUUAAUUAUUUCGAAACAAUUCGUGAUAUAAAUCGUCAAUAUGAUGAAAUUGUUUUAACAAAUUGUAUAAUUGAUGAAAGAAUUUUUUUAGAAAAUAAAUUUCAAUUAAAUGACUUAUGUAAUUCAUUAAAUGAAAAUCAAUAUUCAAAAUCUUCUCAAAAUCUAACAUCAUCAACAGCAAGUCAACAUAUUACAUCGAAUGAUUAUCAAACAAUUUCUUUUAAUCAAUAUUUAACAUCCAUAUAUCAAGCUAAUCAAUUAAUUAAAUUAUUAUAUUCAAUUGUUCAACAACAACAAACUUUUUUAUCAAAUCGAACAUAA